GGCCGGGGCCGGGGCCGCGGCUGGGGCCCGAGCCGGGGCUGGGUGCCGGAGGAAGAGAGCAGUGACGGGGAGUCCGACGUUGAGGAGUUUCAGGGUUUUCAUUCAGAUGAAGAUGUGGCCCCCAGUUCCCUGCGCUCUGCGCUCCGAUCCCAGCGAGGUCGAGCCCCCCGAGGCCGGGGCCGCAAGCAUAAGACGACCCCCCUUCUGCCUGCUCGCCUAGCAGAUGUGGCUCCCACUCCCCCAAAGACCCCUGCCCGGAAGCGGGGUGAGGAGGGCACAGAACGGAUGGUGCAGGCACUGACUGAACUUCUCCGGCGGGCCCAGGCACCUCCAGUCCCCCGGAGCCGGGCAUGCGAGCCCUCCACCCCCCGUCGGUCUCGGGGACGGCCCCCAGGAAGGCCAGCAGGCCCCUGCAGGAAGAAGCCACCAGCAGUAGUGGUGGCAGAAGCAGCUGUGACAAUCCCCAAGCCUGAGCCCCCACCUCCUGUGGUUCCAGUAAAGUACCGAACUGGCAGCUGGAAGUGCAAGGAGGGGCCAGGCCCAGGUCCCGGGACCCCUAAGCGUGGAGGACAGUCUGGGCGAGGAGGCCGUGGAGGCAGGGGCCGGGGCCGAGGUGGUUUCCCGCUUGUGAUCAAGUUUGUUUCAAAAGCCAAAAAAGUGAAGAUGGGACAAUUAUCCUUGGGAUCUGAAUCAAGUCAGGGUCAAGAUCAACAUGGAGAGAAGUGGCAGGAAUCCCCUCAAGGAAGAGUUGAAUCCGGACAGGAAGGAGACCCCUGCUGGAAGAAGGAUCAGAAGCUGGAAGAGGAGGAAGAGGAGGAGGAGAAAGAAGAGAAAGACGAGGAGGGGGGUGAAGAGAAGGAAGACCGAGCUAUAGCUGAGGAAGAGAUGGUCCUAGCCGAGGAGGAGGAGGCCAAGCUGCUGUCACCACCCCUGACUCCUCCAGCCCCUCCGCCCCUCCCUACAACCCCAUCCCGGAGGCCCCUGCUCCUUCGUGCCCCUCAGUUUACCCCAAGCGAGGCCCACCGGAAAAUCUAUGAAUCGGUGCUCACUGCUCCUCUUCUUGGGGCUCCGGAAGCCCCUGAGCCAGAGCCGCCUCCUGCCGACGACUCGCCACCUGAGCCUGAGCCACGGGCGCUGGGCCGCACCAACCACCUCAGCCUGCCUCGGUUUGCCCCCGUGGUCACCACUCCCGUUAAUGCCGAGGGGCCCCCUCCUGGGGCUCCAGCUCUGAGCAAUGGGCAACAGCCUCAGGCUCAGCUGCAGCAGCCCCUCCAGGCCUUGCAAGCUCAGCUGGUACCCCAGGCGCCACCACCGCAGCAGCCCCAACUGCAGCCACCGUUACAGUUGCAGCCGUCACCACCACAGCAGCCGCCAGCACUGGAAAAGGCUCGGAUUGCGGGCCUGGGCUCUUUACCGCUGUCUGGGGUGGAGGAGAAGAUGUUCAGCCUCCUCAAGAGAGCCAAGGUGCAGCUCUUCAAGAUUGAUCAGCAGCAGCAGCAGAAGGUGGCAUCGUCAAUGCCGCUGAGCCCCGGAGGGCUGAUGGAGGCGGUCGUGGGGACUGGCAAGCAGAUCCCAGACAGAGGUUCUGUCAGGUCUGAAGAUGAAUCGAUGGAAGCUAAGAGAGAGAGACCCUCGGGCCCCGAGUCCCCUGUGCAAGGCCCCCGCAUCAAACACGUCUGCCGUCAUGCUGCUGUGGCUCUGGGUCAGGCCCGGGCCAUGGUGCCCGAAGACGUCCCCCGUCUCAGUGCCCUCCCUCUCCGGGAUCGGCAGGACCUCGCCACAGAGGAUACGUCAUCAGCAUCUGAGACUGAGAGUGUCCCUUCACGGUCCCGGCGGGGAAAGGUGGAGUCAGCGGGGCCUGGGGGGGACUCGGAGCCUGCAGGAUCUGGAGGGACCCUGGCCCAUGCGCCCCGGCGCUCGCUGCCUCCCCACCACGGCAAGAAGAUGCGGAUGGCACGGUGUGGGCACUGUCGGGGCUGCCUGCGUGUGCAGGACUGUGGGUCCUGUGUCAACUGCCUGGACAAGCCCAAGUUCGGGGGCCCCAACACCAAGAAACAGUGCUGUGUAUACCGGAAGUGUGACAAGAUAGAGGCUCGGAAGAUGGAACGGUUGGCUAAAAAAGGCCGGACGAUAGUGAAGACGCUGUUGCCCUGGGAUUCCGAUGAAUCUCCUGAGGCCUCCCCUGGUCCUCCAGGCCUGCGCCGGGGGGCGGGAUCUGGGGGGCCCCGGGAGGAGGUGGUGGCCCCCCCAGGGCCCGAGGAGCAGGACUCCCUCCUACUGCAGCGCAAGUCAGCCCGGCGCUGCGUCAAACAGCGACCUUCCUAUGAUAUCUUCGAGGACUCGGACGACUCGGAGCCUGGGGGUCCCCCUGCUCCCCGGCGUCGGACCCCCCGAGAGAAUGAGCUGCCAGUGCCAGAACCAGAGGAGCAGAGCCGGCCUCGUAAACCCACCCUGCAGCCUGUGGUGCAGCUCAAGGCCCGAAGGCGCCUGGACAAGGAUGCUCUGGCCCCUGGGCCCUUUGCUACUUUUCCCAAUGGCUGGACGGGAAAACAGAAGUCCCCAGAUGGCGUGCACCGAGUCCGUGUGGAUUUUAAGGAGGAUUGUGACCUGGAGAACGUGUGGCUCAUGGGUGGCCUGAGCGUGCUCACCUCCGUGCCAGGGGGACCGCCAAUGGUGUGCUUGCUGUGCGCCAGCAAAGGCCUGCACGAGCUGGUGUUCUGCCAAGUCUGCUGUGACCCUUUCCAUCCCUUCUGCCUGGAGGAGGCCGAGCGGCCCCUGCCCCAGCAUCACGAUAGCUGGUGCUGCCGCCGCUGCAAGUUCUGCCACGUCUGUGGGCGCAGAGGCCGGGGCGCCAAGCAUCUCCUGGAAUGUGAGCGCUGUCGCCACGCGUACCACCCCGCCUGCCUGGGGCCCAGCUACCCGACCCGGGCCACUCGCAAACGGCGCCACUGGAUCUGCUCAGCCUGCGUUCGUUGUAAGAGCUGUGGGGCGACUCCAGGCAAGAACUGGGACGUCGAGUGGUCUGGAGAUUACAGCCUCUGCCCCAGGUGCACCCAGCUCUAUGAGAAAGGAAACUACUGCCCAAUCUGCACACGCUGCUAUGAGGACAACGACUACGAGAGCAAGAUGAUGCAGUGCGCGCAGUGUGACCACUGGGUGCAUGCCAAGUGCGAGGGGCUCUCAGACGAGGACUAUGAGAUCCUCUCAGGGCUGCCGGACUCAGUGCUGUACACCUGUGGGCCAUGUGCCGGGUCCACGCAUCCCCGCUGGCGAGAGGCUCUGAACGGGGCCCUACGUGGGGGCCUGCGCCAAGUGCUCCAGGGCCUGCUGAGCUCCAAGGUGGCAGGCCCACUGCUCCUGUGCACCCAGUGUGGGCAGGAUGGGAAGCAGCUGCACCCGGGGCCCUGUGAUCUGCAAGCUGUGAGUCAGCGCUUUGAGGAAGGUCACUACAAGUCCGUGCACAGUUUCAUGGAGGACAUGGUGGGCAUCCUGACGAGACACGCGGAAGAAGGGGAGGCCCCAGAGCGCCGGGCUGGAGGCCAGAUGAAGGGGCUUCUGCUGAGACUGCUAGAGUCUGCGUUCGGCUGGUUCGACGCUCACGACCCCAAGUAUUGGCGACGGAGUACCCGGCUGCCAAACGGAGUCCUUCCCAAUGCGGUGUUGCCCCCGUCCCUGGACCAUGUCUAUGCACAGUGGAGGCAGCAGGAAGCAGAGACCCCAGAGUCGGGGCAGCCUCCAGGAGGCCCCGCAGCAGCUUUCCAGGGCAAGGAUCCAGCGGCUUUCUCACACCUGGAGGACCCCCGGCAGUGUGCACUCUGCCUCAAGUACGGGGAUGCAGACUCCAAGGAAGCAGGCCGGCUCCUGUACAUCGGGCAGAACGAGUGGACACACGUCAACUGUGCCAUUUGGUCGGCGGAGGUGUUUGAGGAGAACGAUGGCUCCCUCAAGAAUGUGCACGCCGCCGUGGCCCGAGGCAGGCAGAUGCGCUGUGAGCUCUGCCUGAAGCCUGGAGCCACGGUGGGCUGCUGCCUGUCCUCCUGCCUCAGCAACUUCCACUUCAUGUGCGCCCGGGCCAGCUACUGCAUCUUCCAGGACGACAAGAAAGUCUUCUGCCAGAAGCACACAGACCUGCUUGAUGGCAAGGAGAUCGUGACCCCUGAUGGUUUUGAUGUUCUCCGCCGAGUCUACGUGGAUUUUGAGGGCAUCAACUUCAAGCGAAAGUUCUUGACAGGGCUUGAACCCGAUGCCAUCAACGUGCUCAUUGGCUCCAUCCGAAUCGACUCCCUGGGAACUCUGUCUGACCUCUCGGACUGCGAAGGCCGGCUCUUCCCCGUUGGCUACCAGUGCUCCCGUCUGUACUGGAGCACAGUGGAUGCUCGGCGGCGCUGCUGGUAUCGGUGCCGGAUUCUGGAGUAUCGGCCGUGGGGGCCCCGGGAAGAGCCCGCUCACCUGGAGGCAGCGGAAGAGAACCAGACCAUUGUGCACAGCCCCCCGCCUCCCUCAGAGCCCCGGGACAAUGAGAGCCCCCCGCCGGAGACCGCUGCCCUCACCCCUGGAGCUCCUGAGCAGCACUUGCUCGUUCAGAACCUGGACCCCCCGCCUCGGUCAGAUCCAAGCAGCACCCUUCCUCUGGCCCCCCGCUCUUUCUCGGGGGCGCGAAUCAAAGUGCCCAACUACUCACCGUCUCGGAGGCCCCUGGGGGGUGUCUCCUUUGGACCCCUGCCCUCCCCUGGAAGUCCAGCUUCUCUGACCCACCACAUCCCUACAGUGGGAGACCCAGACUUCCCAGCUCCUCCCAGACGCUCCCGUCGGCCCAGUCCCCUGACCCCUAGGCUGCCACUGUCACGGCGGGCCAUUUCUCCCCUCAGAACUUCCCCUCAGCUCAGGGUGCCCCCUCCUACCUCAGUCGUUACAGCCCUCACACCUACCUCAGGGGAGCUGGCUCCCCCUGGCCCAGCCACACCUCCUCCACCACCCACUGAAGACCUGGGCCCAGACUUUGAGGACAUGGAGGUGGUAUCAGGACUGAGUGCUGCUGACCUGGACUUUGCAGCCAGCCUGCUGGGGACUGAGCCCUUCCAGGAAGAGAUUGUGGCUGCAGGGGCAGUUGGGAGCAGUCAUGGGGGCCUGGGGGACAGCUCAGAGGAGGAGGCCGGCCCCAACACCCACUACAUCCACUUCCCUGUGACUGUGGUGUCUGGUCCCGCCCUUGCCCCUGGCGGCCUCCCUGGAACCCCCCGCAUUGAACAGCUGGAUGGGGUGGAUGACGGCACAGACAGUGAGGCUGAGGCAGUCCAGCAGACUCGGGGCCAGGGGGCUCCCCCUUCAGGGCCAGGAGUGGGCCGGGCUGGGGUCAUCAGGGCUGCAGGGGACAGGGCCCGACCUCCUGAGGACCUGCCGUCGGAAAUCGUGGAUUUUGUAUUGAAGAAUCUAGGGGGGCCUGGGGAAGGCGGUGCUGGCCCCAGAGAGGAGCCACUCCCCCCACCGCUCCCCCUGGCCAAUGGUAGCCAGCCUCCCCAGGGCCUGCCCCCGAGCCCAGCUGACCCCGCCCGGACGUUUGCCUGGCUCCCUGGGUCCCCAGGGGUCCGAGUGUUGAGCCUCGGCCCUGCCCCUGAGCCCCCGAAACCCGCCACAUCCAAAAUCAUCCUCGUCAACAAGCUGGGGCAAGUGUUUGUGAAGAUGGCUGGGGAGGGCGAACCUGUCCCGUCGCCAGUGAAACAGCCACCCCUGCCCCCUCCUGUCCCCUCCACGGCCCCCACCCCUUGGACUCUGCCCCCAGGCCCCCUGCUGAGUGUGCUGCCGGUGGUGGGGGUAGGGGUGGUCCGCCCUGCGCCCCCGCCCCCUCCCCUGACGCUGGUGCUGCGCAGUGGACCCCCCAGCCCACCCCGCCAGGCCAUCCGCAUCAAAAGGGUGUCCGCCUUUCCUGGCCGUUCCCCGCCAGCACCACCGCCAAGCAAGGCUCCCCGCCUGGACGAGGUUGGAGAGUCCUUGGAGGGCACCCCCCAGGCUGCAGGGCUCAGUAACAGCGGGUCUAGCCGAGUGAGAAUGAAGACCCCCACGGUGCGUGGCGUUUUUGAUCUGGAUCAUCCUGGGGAGCCUGUUGGAGAGGAAACCUCCGGGCCCCUCCAGGAACGGCCCUCUCUGCUGCCACCUCCAGACAGUGGGCCCCCUCGGGUCCCUGACGGUCCCCCCGACUUGCUGCUUGAGUCCCAGUGGCACCACUACUCAGGUGAGGCUUCAAGCUCUGAGGAAGAGCCUCCAUCCCCAGAGGACAAAGAAAACCAGGCCCCCAAACGGGCUGGCCCGCACCUGCGCUUCGAGAUCAGCAGUGAGGAUGGCUUCAGCGUGGAGGCAGAGAGCUUAGAGGGGGCGUGGAGGACUCUGAUUGAGAAAGUGCAGGAGGCCCGAGGGCAUGCCCGGCUCAGACAUCUCUCUUUCAGUGGAAUGAGUGGAGCCAGGCUCCUGGGCAUCCACCACGACGCUGUCAUCUUCCUGGCAGAGCAGCUGCCCGGGGCUCAGCGCUGCCAGCACUACAAGUUCCGCUACCACCAGCAGGGAGAGGGCCAGGAGGAGCCACCCCUCAAUCCCCACGGGGCAGCCCGCGCUGAGGUCUAUCUUCGGAAGUGCACCUUUGACAUGUUCAACUUCCUGGCUUCCCAGCACCGAGUGCUCCCUGAGGGGGCCGCCUGUGACGAGGAAGAGGAUGAGGUGCAGCUCAGGUCCACCAGACGUGCCACCAGCCUGGAGCUGCCCAUGGCCAUGCGCUUCCGCCACCUUAAGAAGACGUCAAAGGAGGCCGUGGGGGUCUACCGAUCGGCCAUCCACGGGCGGGGCCUGUUCUGUAAGCGCAACAUCGAUGCUGGUGAGAUGGUCAUCGAGUACUCAGGCAUCGUCAUUCGCUCUGUGCUGACCGACAAGCGAGAGAAGUUCUACGAUGGGAAGGGCAUCGGGUGCUACAUGUUCCGCAUGGACGACUUCGACGUGGUGGACGCCACGAUGCACGGCAACGCCGCCCGCUUCAUCAACCACUCCUGUGAGCCCAACUGCUUCUCCCGCGUCAUCCACGUGGAGGGCCAGAAGCACAUCGUCAUCUUCGCUCUGCGCCGCAUCCUGCGCGGCGAGGAGCUCACCUACGACUACAAGUUCCCCAUCGAGGACGCCAGCAACAAACUGCCCUGCAACUGCGGCGCCAAGCGCUGCCGGCGCUUCCUUAACUGAGGCGGGGGGGCUCCUCAGCCCCCCCCCCAGAGCAUCUCACCCCC